AAGCGGACUGGACACAACAAGCUGCAUUGCUUUCUCCGCUGUGUUGAUAUACCAUGUAGGUGACCGGUUAGAUGCUGCUACUACUCCUCACCAUUCCGUAGUGUUCGACAACUCCAAAAGUCUAACUUCAGUGUGAACCCCGUACGGCCAGCAUCACCAGCGGAACCACCAAUGAGAAAAGCAUUAAACUGUCCUUCAUCCCGUGCCCAGUCGGUGAUCUGACCUCUGGAAGAGGUUGUCCAUGAUCUCAGGAGGGUCGUGCCGCAAAAUACUUUUCACGGCUGUUCUGUUUGUGGACGUCAUGGCGAUUGCUGCUGGACAAGUGCUUCCCAAGAGGACCAGCAGCACAGACAUGGAUGGACAUUACCAGCUUUUCUACAUGAACGAUCACUGUGGCGCUGGUCAGAAGCCCCAGCAGAUCCAUCUUCUCCUAUACAGCGAGAAGGCGAGCGCCAUCUUGUUCUCUCACCGUCGCAACUCCACCCUGCGUGCUGCCCAGUGUGCUCUCUCCUUCAAAGUGGAUGGGAAGUUCAUCCUUUCCUUCAAGUUCUUCGACACACUUUCUGAAAGCUUCCUCUGCUUCAUGUACCUCGAGAUCUCCACGACUGCGGAGUCAACGGAUUUGUUGUGUGGGAAGGACUACACGGGUACCAAGAGCAUGGUGAAGGCGUCCCCUACGAUGACCCUCAAAUGGAGCGUUUCGUCGAGGCAUGUACACAAGACCAUCGGAGGCUUCGAAAUUGUCAUCACAGGAUUCCAACAGCCAGAGGGCAGUGGCGGCUGCGGUCGUGGUCUCAAACUUUGUAACAACGGUCGCUGCAUCUGGGAUGGCUUUGUUUGUGAUGGAAGAGAUAACUGUGGCGAUUACAGCGACGAACGACUUUGCUUUGCUGGGCGACAAGACUUCUCUUUGUACCUCAUCGCACUGUUCCUUUCUUGUCUUUUGUUUGUGGGAAUUGGAAUCGUCUUCAAGAUCAUGUACAAGAAAUAUCCAUUGGUGAUGCCUGAAAGAGAGCCAGAACCUAUCCCAACUGGACCAGAUCCGGGUACAAUUCAGACUGUUCUUUUGCCAGGUCCUCCGCCUGCCAUGAUUGUGAAGCGUAAAGUGUCUUCCUCUUCGGUCCGCUCAAAAUCAUCGAACAAAUAGAGGAACGUAAAAUAAAGUGUUAUACUUGUUCAUGCCAGAGCUCCUCGG